GAAGUUUAAUGUAAGUAAUGUUUUACAUUUACUUGUCAGCUGUUGGGAGUGGUCGCUCCAAGAAGGAAGCUAAACAUGAUGCAGCCAAAUGUAUCCUCAAAAGGCUCAAUGAAUUGGGAGUUUCAUCAACACCAGAACCUGACCCAGAUGAGAUAGUACAUGCACUGAGUGUAGAUUCACCAUACAAAGGCAUGCUACAGGAGAAUGCUGUAGGUGCAUUACAAGAACUGUGCAUGACACAUGAAAUUCAGGUUCCAGAGUACAAGGUGAUAGGUGAUGAAGGCCCACCUCAUGCAAAGCAGUUUACGAUCAUGUGCCAGGUGUCCAAACUUGAGGAAUCAGCGGUUUCUCGUACCAAGAAGCAAGCUAAGCAGCUGGCAGCCUUCAGAAUGUUGAACAGACUGAAAAGCUCACUUGCAGAUGUGCUCGCCUCUACAGCUGGUGAGAAAGAUGGCCCAUCAGAAAGUAGAAAAAGUGGAGAGAUAAGUAGCGGGAUUGCAGUGAGCAAGUACAAGGAAUUGGGAUCACAUACACUGGGUGGCCGCAAGACAGUUAUUGGCCUGAAGAUCUCUGAGUACCAUCUUAUGAUGAAAAAUCUUGACAGUGUACUGCUGAAGAGGCUUAAGGAUGGGAAUGAAGACCUGAAAAUGGAAGCAGAAGAUGAUCCAAUGGGUGUGCUUAAGAGAAUUUUGGAGGAAUUGAAUUUGGAUGCUGAAUUCAAUGGAAUUGGAACUAUUGAAUGUGUGUGUCCAUCUAGUUUCCUGCUCUCUCCAGAUCAGAAAACAAUUCUCCUGUCCAUAUCUACAAGCCUGCAGUCUGUUGUGUUUGGGACUGCUACCACAGAGGAGGAAGCUUGUAAGAUGGCAGCAACAAAUGCACUGGAACACCUGAAACUCAUGUCUUCCUGAGGUAUUGACAGCUUCUUCUGAUCACUGAACAUUUUUUUGAAAUAUUUCUUGCACAUCUCUCUCUUUUUUUGUUUUGAAUCAUAUUGCAUACUGAAUAUGAGACAAGCUGAACUGUUCAUUUACCCACUUAUUUAUUGAAGUUAUAAUUUACAUAGGCUUAUAUCAACUUAACACCAGGUUGUUGCCCUGUAUGGUUCUUAACUUAACUUAAUUUAAUUAAAUUACCUUCUAAUUUUCUUAUUGAAAUUUACAUUGUAUCUGUUCAGGCAGUCUACAUUUUUCAUCUUCCUUGCUCUGUUUUUCCUUUCACAUUUAACUUUGAAUUAAAAGAUCAGCUAUUUAUUUGUAAAUGACAUAUAUUAAAUUUACAAUGUCUGUGUAUAAGCUAAAUAAACUUGAUGUGAGAGUAUAUAAAAAUAUUAAAAAUGAAGAUUGUUUUGAGUUAUAGGUUAGUCUUCGGUAUUUGUGUUUACUGUUUCUAGUGUUUUAGAAACGAUUAUAGCCAGCAUAGGCUGAAUCAUUUUCUUAAAGGAUACAGUGGUCUCAUUAUGAAGACAGUUGAAAGUGAUUCAUUUCAGAAGCAUAAAAUACUGUAAAAAUGUGUAUGCUAUUACUCUCAUAAAUUGUGCUCUUUUGUGUAAAGUAUUUCAUUUAUUUCAUGUGUUUUCGCAAUGUUGUGAACUGUGAUUGGGACUUACUGAAUUAUUUUGUAAUAGUAUAGUUUCUUGAAUAAUAAAAAUGUUGAAUUCUC